UCUGACUCCGCCUCCCUAACAACCACUUAAAUGACGUUCAAAUGCGACAUUAGUAGUAACAUUUUGCCGGCACUCGUCUACCUCACACCGCUGACUUCCCCCCCCUGCGUUCCUGAAGCGUACCUUCUUGCCUUAGCAAACUUCUGCUCGUCUCCAAAUAUCCUGCCCCCCUUAAUAGCUGCCGGAAAGAGGCAAAUAAAAAUGUCCGGGACGCGGAGGGGACUCGCUGGACAGCUGUUGUCGUGUUGGUGCCUGCUGGGGCUAAUUCUAAACUUGGAGAAAGCAGAUGCCGCCCCCUCGUGCACAUCGUCUCAGUUCAGGUGUGGCAAUGGGAGAUGCGUCACCCGCAGGUGGAUUUGCGACGGGACCGACGAUUGUGGUGAUGGAACGGAUGAACUACCCGAGACAUGCGCGGCCAAAACCUGCGCAGACUCACAGUUCAACUGCGGGGCUCCCAUGAACCAGUGUGUGCCGAAGGACUGGCACUGUGACGGCAAAGCUGACUGCACAAACGGCGCUGAUGAGAAAAACUGCACUGAAAAGCAAUGCAAAAGCGGCGAGUUUCGUUGUGCCAACGGCCAGUGCAUAUCCACAUUUUUUGUUUGCGACAAGGACAGGGACUGUACCGACGGCUCGGACGAGGCGUCCUGCCCCACGCCCACCUGUAGCUCCCGAUCCUUCCAGUGCAACAACACGGUGUGUGUGCCUUUGCUAUGGCAAUGCGAUGGCGACAAGGACUGCCUGGACGGAUCUGACGAGUGGCCGGAAAACUGCGUCGGGAGAGAGCCGGCGAGGAGGCCGACCCGAUGUGGCGUCCACGAGUUUGAGUGCGCAAAUGGGCAGUGCAUCCACAGCAGCUGGCGGUGCGAUGGGGGCAUAGACUGCCAGGAUCGAUCAGACGAGCGCAAUUGCACUCACCCCAUUUGCCGCCAAGAUGAGUUUCAGUGCAAAGACGGCAGCUGUAUCAAUGGCAAGCUCCAGUGUGACUCGGUGCGUGACUGCAGUGAUGGCAGCGAUGAGGCCGACUGCCACACAGAAAAUCUAUGUGAGGGCCCAAACAAGUUCAAGUGUCUCAAUGGGGAGUGCAUCCGCAUGGACAAAGUGUGCAACCAGGAGAAGGACUGCAGUGACUGGUCAGAUGAGCCUGUCAGCCAGUGUGGCAGAAACGAGUGUUUAGCGGCAAACGGAGGCUGCUCGCAUCACUGCCAUGACCUGAGGAUUGGUUACAACUGCUCCUGCCCUGUUGGGUACAUUCUCAAGAGCGACCAGAAAACCUGCGAAGACAACGAUGAAUGCGCAGAGCCUGACACUUGCAGUCAGAUCUGCAUCAAUCUGCCCGGGAGCUACAAGUGUGAUUGUGAGAGUGGCUAUCAGAUUGACCCUGUGACCAACACUUGCAAAGCCGAAUCAGGCACAGUACCCACCUUGCUUUUUACCAACAGACACGAAGUGAGGGAGAUCACAGUCAACCGCAGAGAGUAUGUUCGGCUGAUCCCAGAGCUGAAAAACGCUGUGGCUCUGGACAUGGACAUGCCAAACCAAAUUAUUUUCUGGUCUGACCUGUCUCUGAAGAAAAUUUUCAGCUCUAAGAUAGAUGAGGCAGGGAAGUCCUCUAGCCAUAGCGUGGUAAUUGGAGAAGGUAUUGAGGCCCCAGAGGGCAUAGCCGUGGACUGGAUUCAUGGCAACAUCUAUUGGACUGACAGCACUUUAAAGACUAUCUCUGUGGCCACAACUGAUGGAAGUAAGAGGAAGACCCUCGUUGCUGAGGGACUAGAUAAGCCAAGAGCCAUCACAGUAGAUCCAGUUAAUAACUUCAUGUACUGGACAGACUGGGGAGAGGAAGCUAAGAUUGAGAAGAGUGGGCUCAAUGGAGCUGACCGCUUCACCUUGGUAACAGACAACAUUGCAUGGCCCAAUGGCAUCACCCUUGACAUGGUCAACCAGCGUCUGUACUGGGUGGACUCCAAACUGCACACACUCUCCAGCAUUGAUGUGAACGGAGGGAGCCGGCAUAAUAUCAUAUUCAGCGCUGAAAAACUCUCCCACCCUGUCUCGCUCGCUGUCUUUGAGGACAAAGUGUUUUGGACUGACACGAACAACGGUGCCGUUUUCAGCGCCAGCCGCUCGACAGGAAAAGACAUCACUGAGUUGGCAACUGAUCUUGAACAGCCAAAGGAUAUUUUGCUUUACCACAAACUCAAGCAGCCAGUUGGCAAGAACUGGUGCAAAGAGGGCAACGCUAUGAACGGAGGUUGCGAGUAUCUGUGUCUUCCUGCUCCUGUGGUCAACCAGGGCUCCCCGAAAUACACGUGUGCCUGCCCGGACAACAUGUCCACAGCCCCAGACAUGAGGAAAUGUGUGACCGGUUCAGCAUUCCCUACUGCCAAAAAUAGGACUGACGCACAACUCCCAUCACAAACGACCACCAAACAGCCCAUCCCUACAACUACAAAAGCCACGACAACAGCUUCGACAACUGCAACCACAACUUUAGAUACUAAAAAAGACACAGUUAACUCCUCUACCCAGGGUCCUCAGAAGCCUGUCGCCACAGCUCAAGGUAGCAGACAAGCAGGAAUCCCUGAGGAUGCCCCUUCAUCCCAUCCAGUUGCUCUCUACAUUGUCGUGCCCCUCAUGGUCAUAGCCCUGCUGGCGUUUGGAGGCGUGUUUCUAUGGAGACACUGGCACACAAAGAACACCAAUACCAUCCACUUCGUCAAUCCUGUGUAUCAGAAAACCACCGAGGAUGAGGUGCACAUCUGUAGGAACAGCUCUGAUGGCUAUGUUUAUCCACAGAGGCAAAUGGUGUGCAUGGAUGACAUGGACGUUGCAUGACCUAAAAAUCAAGAAGACACUAGUUUCCCCCAUUAGUUUUUGUUUUUGGUUUCUUUCCACCACGGGGGAAACACGGCCUACUUCUUUACAAUCCCACGCUCUCCUCUAGUCACCUGAUUUUGCGGUUGAAGUUUCCGACCUCAGCACUGUGCCGUCCAAAUCGGAGCAACGGAAAAUUAAGCUUAAGUACAACGUGCUAUUAUGUCAGACCACAUAAUUGUUUCCAACUAUCCACUAUUUCCACUAUCUGAAAAUGAUCUAUUUAAAUGUCCUUGGUAAGGUACGACUGUCUCCUUAUUGUACUGAUUACAAUAGCGGGGGGGUAUUGCUUUGGAUAAAAGCAUCAGCUAAACGCAUAAAUAUAAAACUUUGAUUACUUGACACGCAUUGUACUACCAGUUAAACCUGAAAAUCCAGAGCUGUACUGUCUUAGUAACUCAUGUGUGCCUUUACUCACAUUGUUUGGCAAAGUUUACUGUGUGCACCGGGAGUAAAUGCCUUAUUGAUCCCUGUGCCUUCCAAAGCCCAGACAGACAUGCCCUUCGCAUCUUCAUACUGUGGCCUUUUCACAUCCGGGAGACAGGGUCAUUUAUUUAUUGGUCUACUUAAUCUGUCAAUGUUUUUUAUUUUGUCCAAUCUGCAAAGAAGUGUGCGGAGUCACAAGUGGUUUACAUGCUAUAUGAAGAAGCUGCUGUUUUCUGAUGUUAACCAAAGUGAAGAAUUUGCUGGAGUUUUGGAGUGAAGACUAGUGCUACACUGUAGAUAUUUUCUGUAAAUAGUUUGUAAAAAAAAAACACAAAACAAAAAGAAAGGAAGAUUCUUCUUGUUUCACUUUGAUUUUAAGUUUGUGCUACAGUUGUAAAUUUAAUCAAGAAAUGUGUAAAUGUGAUAGUUUAUUUAUUUUUGGAAGGUUUUUGGCUGUAAGUAAAAAUACACUUACUAUAUAUGUUAGCAUCAAACACAGAGAUGUUUUAUUUUGCAUUGUGCAGCUGUUAUUUAACUUAUGUCAAAACUUUGAAACACCUGCUCUGUACUUUACUUUACUGUUCCUUGUGUUCCAGUGAGACUGAAGAAACUCUUUGUUCCUUAUGAAGUUUUGUUUUGUUUUAUUUGUCACUCAGAUAAGUUAUUUUUCAUCCUGUGUUCUGUUCCUGUGACAUUUUGUUUUAAUUAUGGGAUCAAGGAACACUUCCUUCACAAGGCAUGGUGUGCUCCUUAAAUGUGGAAUGUAUGAAAAGAUUUGUACAGCUAAUGCACAUCUGUCCAGCUGUAAAUGCAAAUGUAUUUGUUCAUUUUCGUUUGAGCAGAUCUUUUUUUGUUUUAAUAAAAGAGUUUAAAAUAUCA